AUGUUGUGGCCCUGUGUGUCAAUUACAGCCGGGAGUAUGGCGACAAAUGGAGAGGAGGCGAGUGGAGGAGAGGAUGGGUCGGAGUCCGAGGUGGCUGAGCUUCGCCAGAAAGUAGAGUCGCUACAGCAAGAACUGAAAACCUGCAAAAAAGAACUGACCAAAUUACAGAAACAACUGACCAAGUCUGAGAAGCUUCAGAAGAGCACAGAAGGCUACAAUGAAGACUUGAGGAAACAGGUAGGCUAGCUACCAAGAAUAAUCUAGCCAUCAUUGAACAAGUCUCUGAAAUGUACAAAUGAGUGAAUUUACAAGUGACGCUUAUCAUUUUUUAUUUGACGUGAUUUGAUACAAUAGGUCGACAAGCUGAGUGCAGAGAUUCAUGAACGAAAGGCGAAGGCGAAAGAGAAAGUGAGAGCUGAAGCUGAGACACAGACAGAAGAAUAUACUUGGUCAGAAACUGGUGAGCAAUCAUAUUGUGUUUGGGUGGUUGUAAAAUUAACACAUUCUCAUUUCCCAGGAACAGCAGUUUGUGAUUGAUCCAAAUGAUUUAUUUGGUUUUAUAUUGCUCCACUCACAUAUACAGAUACGUUGACCCUUGUCUGUGUGAUUUCCAGAUUAUUACAACUACUACUAUGGAGGAGGCUACUACCACGGUGAUGGUGUGGCUACAGACACCCAGGGGAUUGUGAUAGCAGAGGGGCAGGAAGCCACUGAUGCCUCAGAGAUGACACCUGCAGAAUCAACCACUAACACAGCUACGGACACGAUUACAGACACAAUGGCAGACACCGCCACAGCGACUGUUACAGAGGUGUCUGUAGAGGGUGGUAUUGCUGCCUCUCAACCAGAGGUGAGUUUGAAUACCGUCCCUCCACUCAUUCUGUUCUGACUGAGGACAGUGAGGUCUCGGGUCUUCCAAAAUAAUCUACAUCUUUAUUUAAAGCUUCUCAUUUCCCUAAUACAGGACCAUAAUAACUCCUUCAUGACGAUGACGUCUAUUUGGUGGGGCACAGGAAAUACUAAAGGUUUUAGGUUGAUGACAGUCCAAAAAUGGUUUGGGAACUUGACUUUCUUUACUUGUGUUUGUUCCAGCAAGAGGUGGAUGCAGGCUCUAUAGCUGACAUGCUGAGAGCCACUGCUGAACAGGCCAUGACACAGACUGGCUUUGUGUUUGAUGAGACCACCGGGAUGUACUACGACCACAGCACUGGCUUCUACUACGACUCGGUACUAAACCACACACACACACACACACACACACACACACACGAUCACUGUGCCAUUAUGUAACAGUCUUUUAAUUGCAUCAUUUUCUCCCUCCCCUAGGCCAGUCAGUUGUACUAUGAUAACAACACAGGGAUGUACUACUACUAUGAUGCAGAGAGUGGGAAGUACCAGUUCCACUCCAGGAUAGAGGUCCCUACUGUACAGCCUGCCUCAGAGACCAACCAGGAGAAAAAGAGCCUGGACCAGAAAGGCAGGAAGUGGAAGAAAGUACCAGAGAAAGCCUCUCGUCAGAAUGAAAAGGUAGGUGACCGGUACUAGAGAUAAACCAGAUAAGCUACAAGAGAGUUACAGCUAAUUCUGGAUUUAUGUUCCUUUUAAAUAAUGAUUAAGAAGGGAUACUUGUUUUAACUAGCUACACAUUUCUCAUUGUUGUAUAAAACUGACCUGUUAUACUUACUGUUUUUGAUUUGUGCUCAUUGGCUGACCUGAGACAUGAGGCUCCUGAAGCAUCUCACCUUCAGAAGUUUAGUGAUUGUAAUGGACUUCUUAAGAUUCAUUUCAACCCUGAUCUAUGUGGUCUCAGUUUUCAAACAUUUGCAGGAGUGGUUUUAGACUUUCUGCAGCUAUGGUUUUGGUUAUUUAUCCUAUAGCGUCUACUACAUUUUCGUCAGGUACAGAGUUUUAGCUAUUGCUUGUUGUCAUUUAGUUGACUGAAUGCUAUUCCUCUGGUCGUAGGUAGAAGACGUGACUAACUCACUGGCUAACAUGAAGAUUUCCUAUUUCUGGAACUCAGCUUCUCGUAGAGGUACACUUUUUACACUUCUCACAUAAAACUGUUCUUAAACAGCAGACAGCAGAAAGACCCCAUGCAGACAUGAGGUAUAGCCUACACUGCUUUAGUGCAACUGAAGGGCAGAUUUCAGAGCUCAGGGAUGUGGCUGCUUGGUCUAGUCAAGAGGAGGUUUUUGAGGAUCACUUUUAUUGUGUUGCAGCUUGAGUCAAUAAAUGGACUUUGCUGUGAUGCAGUAUAGGCGUGCUGUCUUUGAAACUGAGACCCAUAUAUCCAAAAAGGAUCCCUAAACAAUGCAGAGAGGUUCUGAUGCAGAGCCCACUGUCCAAAUUCCUAGAAAGCCUCGUGUCCCGUGUCCGCCAAUUUAGUUAUCUGGAGAUACUUCAGGUGAAUCCUCCCUUCUGAUUGGUUGCCUGUCUACUGACAGGGCCUUGUAAAGGAGCUGGAGCUUGAGGAGUGGAUGGAGCGGCGAAUCCCCAAGAGGGGCGUGGCCUCGCGCAGGCAGAGGGGGCGCUCUGUCACUCCAGACGCUCCUCCACAGAAGAAAAGCUCUUCAAAAACUCGCCGGGCGAAGAGCGCCGAACGCUCGCUAAAGAGGAAGAAGAGGAAAGACUGGUCGCGCUCUGAUGAUGCGAGCAGCUCGAGGAGGAAGAAGGCUAAGUCAGACAAACGCAGCAGCAAGAAGAAGGCAGCUGCGUCGUGGAGGGAUGGCUUGCGUGGGCACAGCGAGCCUGAAGAGGGGGAGAUCACAGAGUCAGAGGGAGAAUGGAAGUCUACCUCUUCCUCCUCUUCCCCCCCUCCCACCAAAGACAGCUCAGAGUCAGAGAUGGAGUGUCAGGAAGGUGAGAGGAGAGGAGGGACACCGUUUCUAGUUAUUCAAUCUGUCAACUUUUUCUUACUGUAUAGCGUUCUAUGCACUUUUCACUUGGGUUUCUUUAGAGGUGACGGCAGAAUGAAACAAUGCACUUUGAGUUAAGUCUAACACCACCUGAUAUUUGUUCAUCUGUCUUCCUCAAUGUUUCCUGUAGUUAAAGUCUCGCUCAGUAUAAUUGUCAUGGCAGCGUAUGUGAUACUGUGUGUGUGUUCUGUCCCCAGUAGCUGAGGAGGUGUGGCCGCCCUGUGUGAGGGUGACAGUGGUCAGAUCUCCUGUGUUACAGACAGGAACACUCUUCAUCAUCACGGCUGACUCUCCAGCCACCAUUGGCAGGUGAGUACAGCACUACAGUCUCUGGGAGAUUCUCAAUUGGGAAAAAGUAUGUUCUCUCCUCGACUCAUCUCUCGUCCUUGACCCGGAAAUUGAUAAGUGGUCGAGGAGGGUAUCCAUUCGUUAGUAGGCGAGCGAAGGAGUCUGAUCCCCUCCUCGAUUUCCUACUUCAACAGAGGAUUGUGUUUUAAAAUACAUCACACCCGCUUUGAAUCAGCUGUUUUCUCGAGGGAGAAAAGCAUGCACACAUUUAAAAACGAUUAUCCUUUUAGCUAUAAAAUGUGUUGCACAACUAGCUAAAUUAGUUUUUUUCACUUUACACAUUUAUUUUGAGAUUCCACCCCUGUAAACGUCAUUUGCCUGAUGAACCACGAGUGGAGAAGGAGUCUCAUUUUUUUCAGAGUUACCUUUGACCUUUUUCAAAAAGAGGCGAGGACGGAGAAGAGGAAAGCAAAACCAGUUAGGAUUCUCCCAAUUCUUUUGAUUGAGUGGUCAGUUCAUCGAUUUAAUCACAAGGGGGAGAUGAGAGCUCAGAUCAACACUUCUGAAAUUGAAGUUGGAACUACCUCUGGCAUUUUGAAGUACUGUUUUAACAUAAUUCUAUAUUUUCAGGGAAAAGGAAAUGAACCAUGCCAUCAGAAUAUCUGAAAUGGGAGUCAGUAAGGUAUGGCAACAUAUUUCAUUAAUUUGCUUGAUUCUGCUACAUGCAUUACAGGAAAUCUGCCGGGCUUCAAAUUAGAUGUGUGUGUGUGUGUGUGUGUGUGUGUGUGUGUGUGUGUGUGUGUGUGUGUGUGUGUGUGUGUGUGUGUGUAUGUAUGUAUAGUACGUAUGUAUGUAUAGUACGUAUGUACAGUUGAAGUCGGAAGUUUACAUACACUUAGGUUGGAGUCAUUAAAACUUGUUUUUCAACCAUUCCACAAAUGUCUUGUUAACAAACUAUAGUUUUGGCAAGUCGGUUAGGACAUCUACUUUGUGCACGACACAAGUAAUUUUUCCAACAAUUGUUUACAGACAGAUUAUUUCACUUAUCAUUCACUGUAUCACAAUUCCAGUGGGUCAGAAGUUUACAUACACUAAGUUGACUGUCUUUAAACAGCGUGGAAAAUUCCAGAAAAUGAUGUCAUGGCUUUAGAAGCUUCUGAUAGGCUAAUUGACAUCAUUUGAGUCAAUUGGAGGUGUACCUGUGGAUGUAUUUCAAGGCCUACCUUCAAACUCAGUGCCUCUUUGCUUGACAUCAUGGGAAAAUCAAAAUAAAUCAGCUAAGACCUCAGAAAAAAAAUUUGUAGACCUCCACAAGUCUGGUUCAUCCUUGGGAGAAGUUUCCAAAUGCCUGAAGGUGCCACGUUCAUCUGUACAAACAAUAGUAUGCAACUUGUUUUUACAUUCCAAAGUCUGUUAAAAAAUAGUUUGCAAGAGUUGACUAUGGACGACACAAAAUUUUCACAUGUUACGACAGAUUAUUUCACGUUUAUUCACGAUACAAUCAGGGGUCAGAGUUACAUAGCUCUAAGUGAAUGUUUUAAGAAGGUUAUGGAAAUUCCAGAAAAUGAUGUAUGGCUUAGAAGUUUGAUAGGCUAAUACAAUAUGAGUCAAUUGGAGAACCUGUGAAAUUUUAAAUGGCCUACCUUCAAAUCAGUGCUCAUAUUUUGACCCUGGAAAAAUAAAUAGUAAACUCUGAAAAAACUUGUAGACUCCACAAGUUGUUCAUCUUGGAGAAGUUCCAAUGCCUGAAGGUGCACUCAGGGAUUUACAACAAUAGUAUUGCAAGUUCAAACGUGUUAAGUUGAGGUUGACGUUGGCUUUGGCAACUCGAACCUUCAGCUCCCCCACAGAUUUUCUAUGGGAUUAAGGUCUGAGACUGGCUAGGCCACUCCAGGACCUUAAUGUGCUUCUUCUUGAGCCACUCCUUUGUUGCCUUGGCUGUGUGUUUUGGGUCAUUGUCAUGCUGGAAUAGCCAUCCACGACCCAUUUUCAAUGCCCUGGCUGAGGGAAGGAGGUUCUCACCCAAGAUUUGACGGUACAUGGCCCCGUCCAUUGUCCCUUUGAUGCGGUGAAGUUGUCCUGUCCCCUUAGCAGAAAAUCACCCCCAAAGCAUAAUGUUUCCAUCUCCAUGUUUGACGGUGGGGAUGGUGUUCUUGGGGUCAUAGGCAGCAUUCCUCCUCCUCCAAACACGGCGAGUUGAGUUGAUGCCAAAGAGCUCCAUUUUGGUCUCAUCUGACCACAACACUUUCACUCAGUUCUCCUCUGAAUCAUUCAGAUGUUCAUUGGCAAACUUCAGACGGGCCUGUAUAUGUGCUUUCUUGAGCAGGGGGACCUUGCGGGCGCUGCAGGAUUUUAGAAUUUUUUUACAUUUUACAUUUACAUUUUAGUCAUUUAGCAGACGCUCUUAUCCAGAGCGACUUACAGGAGCAAUUAGGGUUAAGUGCCUUGCUCAAGGGCACAUUUACGUCAUUUAGCAGACGCUCUUAUCCAGAGCGACUCACAAAUUGGUGCGUUCACCCUAUAGCCAGUGGGAUAACCACUUUACAAUUUUGGGGGGGGUUUUUAGUCUGUACUAUCCUCCGUGUAGUUCUGGGCUGAUUCCUCACCGUUCUCAUGAUCAUUGCAACUCCACGAGGUGAGAUCUUGCAUGGAGCCCCAGGCCGAGGGAGAUUGACAGUUAUUUUGUGUUUCUUCCAUUUGCGACUAAUCGCACCAACUGUUGUCACCUUCUCACCAAGCUGCUUGGCAAUGGUCUUGUAGCCCAUUCCAGCCUUGUGUAGGUCUACAAUCUUGUCGCUGACAUCCUUGGAGAGCUCUUUGGUCUUGGCCAUGGUGGGGAGUUUGGAAUCUGAUUGAUUGAUUGCUUCUGUGGACAGGUGUCUUUUAUACAGGUAACAAACUGAGAUUAGGAGCACUCCCUUUAAGAGUGUGCUCCUAAUCUCAGCUCGUUACCUGUAUAAAAGACACCUGGGAGCCAGAAAUCUUUCUGAUUGAUUGAGAGGGGUCAAAUACUUAUUUCCCUCAUUAAAAUGGAAAUCAAUUUAUAACAUUUUUGACAUGCGUUUCUCUGGAUAUUUUUGUUGUUAUUCUGUCUCUCACUGUUCAAAUAAACCUACCAUUAAAAUUAUAGACUGAUAAUUUCUUUGUCAAUGGGCAAACGUGCAAAAUCAGCAGGGGAUCAAAUAAUUUUUUCCCUCACUGUAAAUAUAGAUAUAUAUAUUUUUUUAUCCCAGUUUCAUGCAGAAGUGUACUUUGACCAGGACCAACAGUGCUACAUGCUAGUGGACCAGGGGAGCCAGAACGGAACUGUCCUCAAUGGCAACCGAAUCCUACAGGUGGGUCAGACACACACACACACACACACCUUGGUUGGAAAGUGAGGUAGUAACAGUAUUGAUUUCACUGCCCUCAGCCCAAAGCUAAGUGUGACCCUUGCCCUCUGACCCAUGGGGAUGAGGUGAAGAUGGGAGAGACGGUUCUGUCCUUCCACAUCCACUCUGGGACAGACACCUGUGACGGCUGUGAACCUGGACAGGUCAUGGCUCACCUCGGCAAACACCAGAGAAACCAGCCGGUACAGACAGGUACAGAACACACCUGAUGAAUUUGCGUAAACAAAUGUGUUGCAUCCAUCUCUGUAUGUUGUCUGUGUAAGACUAAUGCAAUGCUCACACACCUAGCUACCCAUGCCACACACAGCAUGAUUAUUAGUGUAACUAAUGCUACAGCCCUGUUUAUAACUUUCCAGGUGUGUUGUUCCUCAGGUCCAGCUCCAACCAAAGAGGACAAGGAGCUGCUCAGACAGAAAGAACUGAAACAGAUGAAGGUCAAAUAUGGCCUGAAGGUAAGUGACUGGUUCAUCCACCACCACUACAACUUCAUCUGUUGUCCCCUUCUGCUGUUAUGUUAAUCAGUGAUGAAUAAUUCCCAUUGGUAAUCCUUUGUUGAAAUUGUCCUUGCCAAUCAGAUCCUGGCCUACCUUCUCUGUGUAUAAAGUACAAAGUUAUUAAACUGUUCUGUUUUUGCUCAUCUCAUAUCUUGUUGACAUGUACGUUGCUAGAGACUGAGCAGUCCCAUAGCUUAUUAACCUUAUUUGCUUGUCGCUAACAGAGCAGUUAAUAUGAUAUUACUAUUUAUAAACUGGGUGGUUCGAGCCCUGAAUGCUGAUUGGCUGACAGCCGUGGUAUAUAAGACCGUAUACCACGUAUGACAAAACAUUACGUUGGUAACCAGUUUAUAAUAGCAAUAAGGCACCUCAGGGGUUUAUAGUAAAUGGCCAAUAUACCACGGCUAAGGGCUGUAUCCAGGCACUCCGCGUUGCGUCGUGCGUAAGAACAGCCCUUAGCCGUGGUAUAUUGGUCAUAUACCACACCCCCUCGUACCUUAUUGCUUAAGUAUAUAACUGUGUUGAGGAAGUGUCUCCCUCUGUCCCAACAGAGCACUGAGUAUGAGGAGACCAAAGCCCUGAAGAACCCCAGGUAUGUUGACAGGGCCGAGUCUCGUCGUCAGACCGUGGGCAGCGAGGGAGCCUUCCAACGUGACGACGCACCCGCCUCCGUUCACGUGUACGUAGCAAUCUGAUUGGUUCAGUUGAUGCAAGUGUGUGUGCACAAAUGUGCAUGUAAGUAGAAAUAACUAGUAGUUACCACAUCCUGGUCUGAGGUUGACUCUGAGUCGUUGCAAUGUGCACUUGUUUCCCCUGUUUCUCUCCUGGUACAGUGAGAUCAGUGAAGUCAACAAGGGAAGGAAGAUGCUGGAGAAGAUGGGUUGGAAGAAAGGAGAAGGCCUGGGCAAAGAUGGAGCCGGAAUGAAAGACCCGGUAAUCUUAACAUUUUCCCUUUCUAUUGGGAUUUCCCUGUUUUCAGAGAUUUGUCCUAUUUAACUAAAUGGCUAUAUUUUAAAUUGACCAAACCUCAAACAAAUAUCCUCCACUUCAUUUUAGUGGUUUCAUCCCAGUUCUUUCCCACUAUGUUCACACAUCUGAUCAGAUUUUCCCCACCAUUCCGGUUUUCCCAUAGAUCCAGCUGAAGAUCCGGAAGUCUCAGUCAGGUCUUGGGGCGGGAGUUGCUGUGUCGGUGGACGAGGCUGGGUCUCUGAGCAGGACCAAGACCCAGAGGAACUGGGAGAAGGCCAGGGAGAGGUUUAAUGACACCUGCCAGCCAGACACACCCACAGUCAAGAAGGAGCAGGGCCCAGUGCCCAAACCUUGGGUUAAAGGAGAAGUGACUGAGUGACAUCCUAGGCCAAUGUUUCUCAACAGUUCUAGUCUGUAUCUCAGAAAGGCCGGUCGCCCAAUCCACCAUGGAGAAGUGAGUAGUUGACUGGUCACAGACACACAGAGUGGCCUAGUUCCAAUAUAUUUACUGACUGAAUCCACUUCUUGGAAUGAGGAUGGAGUGGAAUGAGAAUGGUGCUGGUACUCACUUAGAUGUUAUUCCAACUUGCACUAAAGUAGGAUAUCUCCAUCUUUCCAGUUAUUUUAUAACUGUGCAGUCCUUUUUAGAACUGUGCAGUGUCAACCCUAAAGGUGUGUGGUUAGGAGGAAGCAGAAUUGGAUUCAUCGAAAUUCUGCACUGUAUUUUAUUUUAAAUUGUAAAAAGAAUUAAGAUGCAUAAAGCAACUGUUUGUUUGUGGGAUGCCAGCGGAAUCUAUCAGCUAUACAAUCAUGCCUAAGAAAUGUUGCUUUGAUUUGGUCUUCAGUACAAGAGGUGUCAUUGUUGUAGGCCGGUAUUUCAUUUCAAUAAAAACGUUAGUUACCUGUACA